AUGACAUACCCACCUCAACAAAGCAGAUUCCAAGGUCCUCCAAGGAAAUUCGACCCUUUGCCCACCUCCAGAAGCGAAAUACUGAAAUAUCUGUUAAAUGAGCAACUAGUGGAACUCAGACCUAUGCCACCCCCAAUUCCCGGAAAAGCUGCACCCAAUUUCAGGGCUAAUGAAAGGUGUGAAUUUCACGCCAACUCUCCUGGACAUACAUUGGAAAAGUGUUGGGCUUUUAGGCACAAGGUUCAAGACCUAAUAGAAUCAGGGACUAUUGCUUUUGACAAACCUAACGUAAAGACAAACCCUAUGCCUCGCCAUGAUGGCACAGUCAACGCAAUAGAGGUAGUCACUGAGCAAGAGUUUGUUCAACAACGGAGCUCCCCCAUAUAUGCCCUUAAGAGGUAUCUACUUGCAAAGGGGUUCAUCCUCGAACAUAACGAAGCCUUUAAGACAGCCCUGCAAAGAAUGGUAGAUCAAGGGGUAGUUCGGUUUAAGGAAUAUCCUGGGGAAGAGUAUGUGGCUAUGCUAGACAGGAAUGAACCAUUGAUGAUACCUAGGCAAGGGGCAAGGAAGACAUUAAUCAUCCCUUGCGCCAAAGCACCAUUGCUGAUACCCACACCAGUCCACACUAGGAUCAUCCCGGUCAGAGACCAAUACCCUAUGGACAAAAUGAAAGCAGUCCCUUGGGAAUAUGAGUCUAAUACUAAUACCGACGUCACAAACAUCGUUGGGCCUGGGGGCAUGACUCGUAGUGGUCGCAUAUUCAAUACUGCAAAACCAAAUGAGAACCUGGCACAAGCAAGUGAUCAAACUACUGUGGUCCCUACUGAAAAAAGCACAUCCAAAGACAAAGAGACCACUAACAAAGAUGCUGAAGAGUUCUUGGAAUUGAUCAAGAAAAGUGAUUAUAAGGUGGUGGACCAGUUGCACCAAACUCCUGAACACGAGUUUCCCUCACAAGGGAAAGAGCAUAACAAAGCCCUGCAUAUCUCCAUACAAUGUGGGAAAGCUCAUAUGUCUAGAGUACUGAUCGACACAGGGUCAUCAUUAAAUGUGAUGCCAAAGGCCACCUUAGACAAGAUAGAUUUGGAAGGACUGGUAAUAAGACCAAGCCGUCUGGUGGUCAAGGCCUUCGAUGGGUCGCAAAGCCCGGUGUUCGGAGAGGUGGACCUCCCUGUGGUAAUAGGCCCCCAUAUAUUCUGCAUCAAUUUCCAAGUAAUGGAGAUUGAACCUGCGUAUACCUGCUUAUUGGGACGUCCUUGGAUCCAUGCUGCUGGGGCAGUUACCUCUACUUUGCAUCAAAAGGUAAAAUUUGUGGAUGGAAACUCUAUAGUAACCGUCAAUGGGGAGGAGGACAUAUUUGUCAGCAAUCUAGACUCAUACCGAUACAUUGAGGCUGGAGAAAAAGCGUUGGAAACCUCUUUCCAAGCACUAGAGAUAGCAACUGCUGUCACACUACCGGUAGAGAAGAUACGAAGGGCGGUGACAUCCUGGAGAGACCUGCAAGACCUGAAGAUGGAAGGCUGGGGCACAGUGCCAGAAGUUCAAGAGAAGAAGGAUCGUUUGGGGUUAGGAUACCAACCAACAAAGAAGGCUGCAAAGAAAGAGCAACAAUUCCCUCCGAUUGCGCAAACUUUUGUCACAGGCGGAUAUGAGCAUGUAUCCAUGAUAUCUAGUAUGGAGG